AUGUCAAACACUCAAUCCAACGAUUUAUUAAGAGAAUUAAAUGCCAAGCUCUUAGCUAAGAUUGCAGAACUUAGGAAGGAGAAUGCUAAGAUCAAGACUGAGAAUACAAAAUUAAAACAAAAUAAAGAAGACAUUGAAGAUGUUUUACAAAUUAAACAGGCUUCAGUAACUUCACAAUUACUUAUUUUACUGUCAAUUAAAAAUCAUUCUGGUAAAGAUGAUAGUACUAACUUUGUAAAUCUAGAGCAGACACAAAGUGCUAUUUCUCCUAAAGUUAAUUCUAAUAAUAUUUCUGAACAGACGGAUGAUAUGUCUAAAAAUACAUCAAAUUCUGAUGUAUGCCAAUCUAUCUAUACAAAGCCUAAUUUGUCAGAAGAUAAAGAGAAGAAUGAUUUUCUAAAUCGAAUAGAAAAGGAAAGAGUUAGUAAUAUGAUAAGAGAGAGAAAUCAGAAGAAGCUUCAGAAGAAGCAUAGCCUUGAGUUAAAAACUCAUCAAAAUCCAAACUUAUCUUUAGAUAAUCAAAAUGCUUCCUCAACAGAAUUAAAAAAGCCGAUAUCACUUUCAUUACUAUGUAAUGCAAAUACUGUGACUAAUGGUCAUAAUCGAGAAGAGAUUAUAUUAUCACCAUUAUCAUCUGAUGCAAAAACCAUGACUAAUGGUCAUGAUCAAAAUAAUGUUUAUGUAAACUCUGUUAAUAUCUCUGAAGUAUUCAAAUUAGAUGAUCAAAUAGUAGAAAAUUUAAUACAAAAGAUGUUCCAUGAUCAUAUACAGAGUGUCAUUUCUUUCAAAAAUGAUUUCACAUCUUUAGAUAUCAGUGAACCUAAUGAAAUUAGCAAGUCUUAUAUACAAAAUAUAAUUCCAGGUUUUGUGCAAAGUCUCUCAUAUUUGUUUGAUAAAGCAGUUAAAAAAGAUCAAAAAAAGAUUCUAUGCUGGUAUUACUAUUCACUUAAAUUUGAAAAUAAGGUUAAAAGCCUUACGACUGAUAGCAAGAUUACAGAUAAAAUAGCAAGAACAAAAAUAUAUAAGGAAAUAAAAUCUUUUCUACCUAAUAUUACAGAUGUAAAUUUAUAUAAAAAAACACAAAGAGCUCAAAAAAUUCUUACACUGUUUGGAAGAGAAGGAGUAGAUGAUAAUAGUGAAAAUGUAGAUUAUUAUGGAAUUACUGAUGAGACAUUAUGUUCUUUAUGCAAAUUAAAACAUAACGAUAAAGACAUAGAAGAUAGAUAUGAAAUUGGAUCUUAUUAUGUUAAAUGUGAAUAG